GUCCUAAAUCUUGUAUUUGAUAUCUCCUCGGUCACUCACUUGAAUUAAGAGUUAAUCUCUGAUGGGCAAUGAGCAAGGAGCAACACAAAAGCAGCCUUUAUAGUAAUGUAAAUAUACUCCCCUAAAUUCUGGCAUCAACACGGUCAUUAGUUAAUAACGGCGAGGCAGUAAGUGCUCGGAGAAAGCUACAUAUUUCCAUGGCUUCCAACAUGUUUGUGACAAACAAGCAAAAAAAGACCGAUCUGAUGAAACUGAAAGGAUACAUUUUACCUGAAAACAAAACAUCCAGAGAUGAAACGGAGGAAUCUGACGAGGAAAACGAAGCAGAGCAACAACCUGAAUUUCUAGAUCUGACAGAAAUUAACAAUGUUGCUUCUGGAGGACACUCUUUCCACUCCUCAGUACCUCUGCACAAAGUUGACUUCCAGGACUUCCGCACCAAAAAAGUCUACUGUGUGGAGGGACGCUUUGCUCUCAGGAGUCCGUGGUGGGAGGUGAACUGUUGCGUACGAGUGCACAGGGACAAGCGGGUCAUGAAAGGAUAUCCUUCCUACAAACUGCGAUCUGACUUAGACAGACAAGAAUGGAUUCCUAUUCUGUCCCUGUUUCUAAACGCAUGUGAAGUACAACCAGAGUUUAUCUCCCAGUUUUUCAAAUGGUUGCCACCAAAUAGAAAUGUCACCUUUUACAAUCUGGAAGAAGUCGUUGAGGAAUUUUCAGAGGGUAAUGAAGCUCAAGCGCAGAACAUUACAUCCAGACUCUCAUGUUCAGUGGCAGGAAUGCAAGUGCAUGCAGCCUGUCUGUAUCCAGGAGUAAUGAAAUACAUUCAAACCCUGCUUCCAAGCCAGUUCAUAGAGCUGCUUGGACAGGGAAAGCAAAAAAGGACUCUGCCAGCAACACAGGCUGCACCGACUGCACAGCAACAUGACGACAACAGAGAAGAAGAGGUGGACACGAGCUUGCUGGCCAAACUGGAACUUAUAAUUGCAGAUGAUGUGUGGAAACUGGGAUUUAAGGAACUUGUGUACAGGGAACUGAAACUCGUGCGCUGUGAAGCUUCGCUCGAAGCGUUCAAAGAAUGCAACCUGCUUCAGACAAUCCCACCACUACAGCAUGAUGCCCUCUUGGUGUAUGACCAUCUAAAAAAAACUUGCAGAAAAACAGGUAGCACCUAUAUGGAUAAGGAUGCUCUGUGUCAACACCUUAGAAACACUGCAAGAAGGUCUGAUGAGCAGGCCUGGAGUGCCAUUCACUUCCUCAGAGAACAGGAUAUUGUAGUAUUAGUCAAAGGAAAGAUAGCGCUGAUGGACUUCCACUUGUAUGAGACAGGCAUAGCUGAAUGCCUGAGCUCCUUGGUGGACCAUGGACCAUGGAACAUCCCUGUAAAUGCCACAGAGGUACUGCAUACAGCUGCAGAGGAUAGGCAACAAAAGAAAAUGCAAACCUCAGAGAAUGCUACAACUUCCUCUGUUGAAGACAGACCUUCUGUUGUUGAGCCUACAAAUAUAUCCAGCAAAUCAUCUGAAUCCUCAGAACAGCAGGCAGAAGCAAAUCCAGACAUUUCCCCUAUUAAACUGGACCCAGACCAUGUUCGGGCUGUAGAGAUGAUUUGUACCAACCCAGUAACAAUCAUCAGUGGAAAGGCUGGCUGUGGGAAAACCACAGUGGUCAGCAGUCUGUUCAAAGCUGCUGUACCACAGAUCAGCUGUGAACAGCAGAAGAUACAUGAAGCCUAUGAAGACUACAAAAAUGAUACUGGAAUGUCCUUUGAGUCAGAGGACCCGGAGGAGAGACCAGAUAUAAAAAGUAAAGAAGAGAUCCUUUUGACAGCACCUACAGGGAGAGCUGCCUCACUACUGAAAAAGAAGACCUGCUUCCCUGCAUACACUCUGCAUCAGGUGCUGUAUAGUUUCAUGAGGAGACAAAAAGAUGAACAAGGGGAUGAUAAACAAUGGAGGUUCAAGGAUGUCCGUAUUUUCGUGGUAGAUGAGGGCAGCAUGGUCUGUGUCCAGCUCUUCCACACGGUCCUGAAAUUGCUUGUCACACACGCCCAGCUCCGAAAAGUAAUUAUACUUGGUGAUGUCAGACAACUGCCUAGUAUCCAGCCUGGGAACAUCCUACACGACCUGUAUAACAGUCUAAAACCUGUCCAGUGGGCCAUUGAAAUGAGGACCAAUCACCGCACAGAGUCUCAACUCAUCGUUGACAAUGCUGGACUCAUUGCUGACAUGGGGAUGAGGCACAAGUAUGGUCCUUUGCAGUUUGAUGCCAUAGUGGAUCUAGAUGGGUCUCAUAACACGUUGUCUGCUGACAAGAAGUUUGUCCUCAUUCUUCUGCCCAAGGAAGAGGCUGAUGAUGAGUUACAGACGGCUGUCAAGUUCCUGAUUAACACUGCUCCAGGACUGAAUGACCAUUCAACUUCACAAUUCAUUGCUUUUAAAAGGAAUGAUGUGGCACUGAUCAACGAGCUUUGCUGUACACAUUACAACAAGCACACAACUAAAAACCACAAACACAAACUGCAGUUUCAGCCUGGGGACAAAGUCUGUUGCACCAAGAAUGGUUACAUCACUGAUGCAGAGGACAUGAAGAGGUUGAAUCAGUCAGAUAUGGUAUCCAAUACACAAAGUUCACAAAAGGAGACCGAAAAGAUGUCACAUCGCCUCUGUAACGGAGAAAUUUUCUUCAUCAGAGAGGACAAAACAGAAGUGGAUAACCAUAGACGCAGCAAACGCUAUUUGACUCUGGAUGAUGGUGAUGGACGCCAGCUAACAGUAGAAUACAGAGAGCUACAGAGGGAGUGCAGGCUGCAGCAUGCCUGGGCCGGGACUAUCCACACCUUCCAGGGCUCCGAGAAUGAGACCAUUGUCUAUGUGGUUGGAGACAGCAUAGCCCAGACGUGGAAGCACAUCUAUACCGCUAUAACACGGGGGCAGACACGUGUAUAUGUGGUCGCCAGAGAAAGUGUUAUGGAAUCAGCCAUUCAGAGGCGUGAAACCUCUCGAAACACCAGACUUGCAAGUCUGGUCAAGAAUCAGCUGGUGCAGCCCUUGAUGCAGCUGAACACACCACAGGGGAUUCCCUCAGGCUGUAGUCCCCAAAAGUCCACCCCUCUGCACACACAAGCCCCCAACAGACCUUCAAGCUCCGAUGGCCAGUUCACACCACCGUGGCCUAAACGGACGGAUGACAGAGUUAAGGGGGACACUGCACCAUCGGGCCUGGUGAACAACAAUGUAUGCAGCUCAUCACCUAGGAGCAGAUCCAGUGAUCUCUCAGGGGUCGAACAACUGAACAGUACAGUAACGUCACAAGGCAACAAAAGGACGCUCACUGCAGAAAGUCAGGAAGUGCCAUGCAAACAGCCUCGGGUAACGGAGUCAACUGAAUAAUAAAAAUAUAAAAUGAUAUACAGUAUAGUUCUCUUUUAUUGGUCAAAAUAACUGAGCCAUAAUGUAUAGUCUUACAUUAAUUGUCUCAAUGUAUAAUAUCAAAAUCAUAUCCCGUUUUUUAAAUGGGGGUUUUAAUGAUCACAGAAAGCUAAACGUUAGAUUAAGUUUUACCAAAAGAAAUUAAAGACAAUUAGAUCAUUCAGAAUUUUUUUUUUUCUAAUUAUUUGCUGCUUUUUCCUGCCUUUCUUUUAUUUCAUGUUUUUAUUUGUAGUUUUUUCAGAGCCUUUUUCUAUCCUUUUACUGCUCCCAAAUUUACUUUUUUUCUUUCUGGCAAAAUGGGUCACUGAAUACUUUUCCUUCACAAUCCAUAUCCAUUAAUCCAUCCAGCUGUUUAUAAAUCCUAUUAUAUUUUUGAUUCAUCACGCUUGUUUGUUACCUUUGCACUCUCUGAUCUGCACAGUUUUAGGCAUUGUUGAGAAUAUAUUCCAGUGUGGGAAUUCUGAACAAUCCAAGAAGAGGUUUCAACCCAAAGUGAUUAUUGCAAAUAAUCGUAACUGAAUAAUAAAUAAUCAUUUGACCAUAGUACAGGGUUAGUACCAAACUGAUGCUUAGCUGUGGAAAUACCUGAAUUACAUGUUUUACUAGUUCAAGAAAUUAAAUGAACUGCUGGCUUUGUAUCAGUGAGUUCUGUUAAACAACCUGAAAAUACGGCAUGGCACAAAACCUGUUAAUAUUACCAAACAAUUAUAUUAAUGGUUUGGAAUUUUUAGCACAAGAGUCAUUUUUUGUAGAUGGGUGUAUUCUGCCUCUUAUUGGCCCCAGGGCUCUGGAACAAUCUACCUGUGGAAAUCAGGUAAGCUGAAUCAGCAAUCUCUUAUAAGUCCCUUUUGUCAGGGAGCCUUUACGCAUCAAAUUGUUUUAUUUGUUCUCUUUUGUAAUGCAAUUAUUUUAUGACUUGUGUAUUUUGCUGGAUUUCGAAGUGUUCUAAAAAUAAAGUUUAUUAUUGUUAUAAAA